AUGAAUUCAUUCACGUCAUCUGGUGCACCACCUAUUGAUAAUCAAGUAAAAUCCACUGAUCAACUUCGAAAACAUUUAAGUACAAUCGUUUCUCAAUGGUAUCUUAAUCAUCGUGUUGAAUAUAAUUUGAUAAAUGAUAGUAUACUAGAAGAAAAUGUGGAUUAUAAGAUUGAAUUUAAAAAUACAAGCAAUGGUGAUCAAUUAGCAAUCAUUACAUGCGGCUGUGGAUCUAGAUUGACUUUAAGUCGAGCGAGUAACAACAGUUACUUUCAACUAAGUUGGGCGAAAAAUUAUCAGUAUGCAAUAAAUGCACAACAAAAGGUAUUACAUUUACAACCUUAA